GAUUAAACGACACGAUUUCAUCGAACUUUGAAAUAUAUAUUUAUAUGUAAACACAAACGUUACAAGCUUACAUGGAAAACAAGUCGUCCGUCUCCGCUCUGCAGGAAUUCUGCGCCCAAACUAAAACUGGUUUGCCUGUUUAUGAUUACAUUGACGGUGAAGAGGGCGGCUAUAUAUGCAAAGUAACGCUUAUGGAUGUGGAAGCUUACGGAAAUGGUCGCUCCAAGCGAGAUGCCAAGCACUUGGCUGCAACCAACAUAAUGCGCAAGCUGCGUAAGUUGCCCGGCUUUGAAAACUUUGGUCCCGCAGCCGAUGAUGCCGGUGGCGGCGGCGGCAGCGGCAGCGGCAGCAUGGACACUGUUGUAAACGAGCUAACAAAUAUGAAUCGCGAUAUGUUGAAGGAGCUGCGCGACUAUUGUGUGCGCCACGAUAUGCCAUUGCCCACAAUUGAGAUAGUGCAGCAGAGCGGUACGCCGAAUGCUCCUGAAUUUGUUGCUUGCUGCUGCGUAGCGUCCAUUAAGCGCUACGGCAAGUCAGAUAAGAAAAAAGAUGCACGCCAGCGUGCAGCCAUUGAAAUGCUUUGUGUUAUAUCACAGGAGAAGCCAAGCCUACAAGCAAACAACAGUCAGCUGGUGAGCGUUAAUGCAGAAGUGCCACUAGAUCUGUGCUCUAACUUUGAGGAUGAGGAAACCGAGCGCAGGCGCAAAUUUAAAACAUUCCGCGAGCUAACUGAUGCUGGCGGCGAUGAAAACGCAUCCAUUAAACUCUGCGAUCGUCACAACUACUUUAAGAGCUUCUAUCCGGAACUUAAGGAGAAGGCCUGGGAAGCGCUCAGGUCAACGGAGUUUACUUCAACAAAGGGAAAGGCAGAGGCUGUACUUGCUGCACUGAAACUCAAGCCGCGCGUUACCACGCUGCCGGCCAAGUCCAUGGAGCCCUUGCUGCAAAUUGAGCUCAACUGUGAAUACGAUUGUUUGUUUAUGGGCUUGGAGAGUCAGAUUUACGGUCAAAUAUGUGAUUACUUCGUAGACAUGUUAGUUUAAACUGCCAAAGUCAUGCUCAUAUGUAUAUUUUCAUUAUAUCAUAACAUUUACGUUAACUAAUGCUUAAAAUUAAUUAAAUACAUGUUUCAAAACAAUUUUUAUAAUGCACAUGAAUUACAGUAGAUGAUGCGCGGCAUUUGGAAACUGCUAAAGUACAUUUUCCAGUCAGCAAAGCAAAUAUACAUACAUAUAUUUAUUUGUUUAUAUUCUAUACGUUUACAAUUAUAGUAUGCUCCCAGCACAGUUUCAAAUUACCGUUGGUCUACUGUAUAAAAUAUUUGAAUAUGCGUCACUUAGCUUAACACGGUGAGUAAUAAAAAUACAUUUUGUAAAUUUUGAAAGCGAUAGUUAAGGUCGACGUCGUUAUCUGUUAACUUUUGUACAAUUCGAGGAAAUGAAACCGCAUUAACAAAUAAUUUACCUUAUUCAUAAACUUAUAUAUGGGUGUAAAAGAUUUGUACUUAACAAUAACAAGAUUGCAAGCUUAAUAAAUAUAACGGGUAAUCCCCCACAAUUUCAAUGUGAUUGCAACAAAUGUUU